CUAAUUUAUAAACAAAAAACAGCUGUUUUUCUAUGCGCUCAAAGGGUGAUAUGCGCAAACGGUUAAAUGCGUAAACAAAUUGGAAUUUCACAACAUGGAUAUAGCGAAAAAUAUAAAAUUUGCAGAUAUCUGUACUAUGCUUGAAAGAGUAAAAUGUGCUAAAAAUCAAGCUGCAAAGGAAAAGAUAAUCCGUCGCUAUUACGAAUCAUUUCAAAAGUUUCGGCAAAUAUACCGUGAUAAAGAAGGACUCACUGCCGCAGAUGCAGAGGAUGGUUGCACCAGUUUCUUUUGCGUCCUUAGAUGUUUAAUACCACGUGAGGAUAUGUCGCGUAAAGCCUAUGGACUACAAAUAACAACGCUUGGUAGCGUCUACACUGAAGUGUUGCAAAUAAAUAGAGAUUCCAGCGAUGUGCAGCGCUUACAAGCGCGUACCUAUAAUGGUCAGGGCAAUGACUAUGCGGAUAUCGUUUAUGCGGUGCUGAUGCCGCGUUGCAGAAAUGAGUUAAGUGAACUAACGCUUUAUGAAGUGCACGAGAUGUUGGAUACUAUAGCAGAGGGUGAUCGCCAAGACACGAAAAAGAUACUAACACGCCUAACAGAGUUAGCAUCGGCUCAAGAGCAAAUGUGGUUCAUACGUUUACUGCUGAAGAACAUGCAUCUGGGAAUUGGCGAACAACGUAUUUUUACAAUCAUGCAUCCGCAAGCAAGAGAUCUCAAUAGACGUUGCUCAAAUAUAAAACGUGUGUGCUGUUUGGUCGCCAACAACCAAAUAAAUGAUGAAUCCACAAUUGCCGAACCAAACGAAACUAAGCACAGUAUCAGCACAUUUAACUUAAAUAAUAUCGUACAACCCUUUCAACACAUACAAGCGAUGUUGUGUGAAAUGUUUCAUGGCAGUUUGGAGCAAUUAAUGGCCGAGGAUGUGCUUUACUUGGAGACGAAAAUGGAUGGUGAACGUUUUCAACUGCAUUACGCAAACGGACGUUUGAAAUAUAUUUCACGUAAUGGCAUUGAUUAUACUGCUAGUUUUGGUGAAGACUUUUUGAACGGUAAGUUGACGCCAUUACUGCAACCAUUAUUGCCAACGAAUAUGCAAUCAAUAAUACUCGAUGGUGAGAUGAUGGUUUACGAUAUGCAGCGAAAAUGCUUCCGUGACAAAGGCGAAAAUACGGAUGUUAAAUAUUUGGAUAAACGAUUAAAUUGGCGACCUUGUUUCGUGGUCUAUGACGUGCUCUAUUUUAAUGGCAGAAGUUUACUGGAAAUUCCGUACGUGCAGCGAUGCCAAAAAGUUGUUGAACUCAUUAGCACAGAGCCUGGUGUAUUACAAAUAAUGCGUCCAAUCAAACUAACAUCAGCAGAGCAGUUCCAGGAGCUUUUUCAACAAGCGCUCAAUGCACAGGAGGAGGGUGUGGUGCUCAAAAAGCAAAAUUCCAUUUACAAGCCGGGCAUACGCAAUGGCGGUGGUUGGUACAAAAUAAAGGCCGACUAUAUUAACGGUUUGACGACAGAAUUUGAUUUGCUGAUCAUUGGUGGUUUCUACAAUAGAACGCGUACCUUCACACAAGCUUUUUUACUGGGCGUGCUCAAGUACAUCUCAGAAACGCAGUAUGAGGUUUACAGCAUUGGCAAAGUGGACAAUAGAACGCGUCAGCGUGCAACGUUGAAUGAUGCGCUCAAACCACAUUGGCAGGAUUGUAAACGCGAUCCGCCACCCUGCUGGUAUCAUUACAAACAAAACAGCGCCGAAGGGCGACCUGAUAUGUGGAUCGAACCACAUAAAUCGGUCAUACUGCAAAUAAGAGCAACCGAUUUAGCGCCUUCUGCAGCUUUCGCUUUGUCUAAAUGCUUGCAUUUUCCACGCAUCGAAAUGUGGCGCAACGACAAACUCUGGAACGAGUGUCUUUCGUUGCAUGAUUAUAUGGCAAUGAUACAGGGAGAAAGCGGUAUCAAAAAAAUACACAAGCGCCAAGUGGAGUUAAGUGAUUUGACAUUGCCGCAGAAGAAACGUAAAUUAACCGCAGCGGAGCGACGCAAAUUGGGCGCUUUGUCAUAUGAACGCCGCUUUAAUGCAGAUGAGGUGGCGCAAUCCUCCAAUCUGUUUGAGGGUUUCUCAUUUUGCAUACUGAGCGCUAGUUUGCGCACCGGUUACACGCCUGAGGCACUCAAAGCACUGGUGGUCACCAAUGGCGGCGAGAUAGUGGAGAAUCCCAUACAGGACUCCAAAUGCAUAUCAGUGGCGGGUGAUAUAACAUUUCGCGUGGAGACUUUAUGUAAAUCGCGGCGUUACAAUAUCGCCAAGCUCAGCUGGCUGGUACACACCUGCGAAAAGCAAGAGCUGGAACUAACACCAAUCGACAUGAUUUGCAUAACGAGUGAGUUGGAAAGCGAAUUCGCCAAAAUAUACGAUAAAUAUGGCGACUCGUACACAGAGUGCACGAAUAUUGAGCGAUUGAUGAGCGUAUUGGAAGGCAUUAAGGAUGAAGAUGUUGCUCUCGCUGAGCCGUCAUCUACCGAACUAACCGAACUGGAAACGAUGUUAUUUGAUGAAAAAAUCGAUUAUUUUACUAACUGUAAUGCGGUGUUUUAUAGCAUAGAUCAGCAUACACAAUUGGCGAAAUUGAUUUUCCAGUACUUGGGGGGCAAGUGCUUGGAAGUGAAUGCGCGUAACUUGCAAAGCAUUAAGUAUGUGCUGGUCAAUGUGAACUUAAUCGAUAAGGUUAAGUUGAAAGCGUGGAUUUCAAAGCACUUUAAGGAUUAUUUGGGCAAUUUGUACGUCGUUAAUAUUGCAUGGAUAAUACAUUCACAACGCGCUAAAAGAAAACUCGAUAUAUUAGAAUAUAUGUGGAAAGAAAUUUAAUUGUUGGUAAAUUACAUCUGGUAUAUGUGUUUGCGUAUGUUUUGUAGUUCAUAUUGUGUUAAUAUUUUCGUAUGAGUAUUAUUGUAAAUGAUUUUAAAGUAUUUGAAAUGCAUAUUAGUUUUUAUUUUAACCCGUUUGUUCAAUAUUUUGCAGUUGUUUGAUUUCCGAAUGUGUAAUAUUGUAUACCAAGUUUUUGAAAAUAUAUUGUUUUUAUGCGAAAUUUUGUUUAAAUAAUUUAUUAUUAUAAUUAUCUUUAAAUAAAAAAAAUAUAGUCAAAAUGUCAACUAUUUUGUAAAAAGCUUAAGAGAAAUGUAAUGUUGGAAAUAUUUUGUUUAAUAUUAUUUUUUUAGUUGACCCUAUUAUAUUAAU